GUUGUCAAACCUUGAAUUCAAACUAUUGACCAGAUAGAUGAUAUUCUCAGCAUUCAUUUAAUUAAGUAUCAAACAUAGACGUACUCAUACUAAUCGAACACAUCGCAUGCAUACAGGCUCUAAUGGCAAACAAAAACCGAGCAGCAUCAUCAUCUUUUGCUUCUUCUUCUUCUUCUUCUUCUUCACGUACAUGUCUAUGCUCUCCUUCCACACAUCCAGGCUCAUUCAGAUGCAGCCUGCACAAGGGGAGGGGCCCACAAACUGGGAAAUCAAGCAGUUCUACAAUCACAGCCGUCCAUCAUGUUAACAACCAAUCCACGAAGAUGAAGAUGAUGAAGAAACUGAUGAUGACCUACUCCAAAGCACACCUUCUCAAUGCCUUUCUCAAACUGAUGAUCAAGCCCUCUAGCCAUCACCUUCAACGGAGAAUGAAUUUCAAGCCCAGGCCCACCAGGUUUAGAACGUAUAGCAAACAUGGUGAUGGGAUCCUAUAGGCUGUAAUGUAUUGCUAUUGUCUUAAAUAUAUUUAAUAGUUAAUUAAUUUUAGGAUUAGAAAAGAUUAUUUUCUAUUUCUUCCUAAUUCUCAUGAUUAAUAAGUGCUUGAGAAAG